GAAGUAAAAAAUCUUAAAGUAUAAACACCCAUGAUCUGUAAAAGCUGAUAAUUUUGCCUCUAAAAGUAAAAAAAAUAUGGUGGGGUGGGGGUAAACGCCAAUAAAAUCACAAAUAUAGAUGAUCACCAUAUAAAAUGGGACUAAUUGCUGCUCGGUCAAAUGGUAGAGCACAAUUUGAAUACAUAUUAAAAACAUUGUUUGUAUUUAUUACUCCCCUUAGGCAACAAAAAAAUAAAUAAAGUGUAUUUUUCUUAACAAUAAAGUGAGGUUUAGUGACUGUGAAUUUCUGCUGUUAAUAACUGGACCAAAUACCUCAUUUAGUAUUAAAUGUUGCAGAUUUAGACCGUUUUUUGAUUGUAUAAGCUGUGUUUUACUGCAAAAACAUAUGAACAUGUACACAUUUCAUUCAAGCUGAAUUAUAGGUUUUUGUAACUUUAAGGACAAGUGAUGCAAAUAACAUUUUUUUUACAUUUCAAAAUGCAAACAUGUUUUGUUUGUUUGUUUUUUUAAUCACAGUUUCAGCCUCCAGUUAAGGAAAUGUGUUCUGCCUGUUUGACACCCGUCUACCCAAUGGAAAAAAUGGUGGCAAAUAAACUAACUCUUCACCACAGGUGUUUCAGCUGUAAAUACUGCAAGAAGAAACUCAGUAUUCACAACUAUUCAUCACUUCACGGAGAGUUCUACUGCAUUUCUCACUACAAGCAGCUUUUCAAAAGGAAGGGAAAUUAUGAUGAAGCAUUUGGGCACAUACCACUCAAAGACCGCUGGGUCAACAAAAACAAGGUAGCAGAUGAGCCAGAUGCCAGAUCUCCCUUCAAAAAGACCAAAAAUUACUUAAACCACUCUGCCGAAGCAAUUGUUGCUAAAUCCACCGCAAGAGAAUUGGAAAAUAAAAGUGGGGUUGAUGCAAAGGGCAAAUUAAAAAUUAGUUGGCCACCAGAGAAAAAGAAUACUGGAGUUAGUUCCUCGCAGAGAUCCCAUGUGUCAGAGCGGAAACCUGAAACAGACAAAAAGGCUGUAGGUCGCAUAAACUCAGAGCAAUGGAAAAGUGAAAUAGUCCAAAACAGAGUGGAAAUGAGGGAUAAGCAGGUUAAAGAACAAUCACAGCCUCAGGGGUUUUCUUCAUCUGAAAGACUGCCCUCAAAGAAACCAAACCUGUCCAGUGGGGCACGAAAGUUAGCCCAUAUCCAAGACACCAUCACUGCCAGAGCACCAGAAAAACUCAUAUCUGUUAUUAACCAAAGCAAGGAUCAAACUAAAGUGUCUCCAAAACCAAACAACACUCCAACAUCCAACAGAUCAGACAAAAGCAAAGGGAAAAAAUCUGUCCACUUCGCUCCAAAUAUUGAAGUCGCUCAGUCUGAAGAAACCCAUCAGCUGAACUCAGAAGGCAACAUUGAAACAAUUCCUCAUGAGUCUAAUCAAGUGGAUGAAUCUAACAACAAAGCCAAAAUCGGCAUCAACAGCCACACAGAGAUCGAGGCAUCCAACGAAAAACCUGAAAACAAAAACUACGAGGCAAAAGAGGAAAAACCAAAUAAGGAGAAAGAAGCAGAAGUACAGAGCAGUCAAGAAAUUCCACAAGAAGACAAAGUAUCCCUGACUGGAUUCACAGAAGAGGCUGACAGCUCACUCAACUCCCCAAACAUCUGUUCAGCUCAAAGUAUUACAAACCAAAAAGAACCACCAGAAACAGACGUAUCUGUAAAACCAAACGAUACACAAAGAUCAGAUAAUGUGAAAGUUGCACAAAUUUCUGCUAGGAAUCAGGCCAGAGAAAUGGACAGCCAUGACAAGAAUGAAAACCAGCAACAAACCCACAAUUCAACCCAAGAUAAACCAAACAGCAUUGAUCAGAAGAAGCCUUUGCCAAGAACUAAUUCAAGAACUAAACUGGGAUCCUUGCCCAAAGGAAAGAGUCCUUUGUCAAAGCUUUUCACAUCAAGCGGAAAUGACAAAACAUCCAAGGUUGAGCCUAAAGAUGCCAAGAAACCUGAUGCCAAACUAAGCAGUGGACUCUUUGGAAAACUGUUUCAGUCAUCCUCUGAUACCACAAAAGUGUCUUUACAAGACAAAGCACAAGCCAAACCAAAUAUUGCAUCAAAAAAUGCACAGAAGGAAAGCAAUGUGCCUAAAGACGAGCAAAUUAAGAAAGAUGUUUCUAAAGGUGCAUCUGUGGAACCAGAUCCAGGAAACCUGAUCAAUAAACCAGAUCCCCCAAACCUUACUGGGGUGAUUCCUUCUAAUCCAAAUCCUUCAAACCAUCCUGAGAUACAUCCUUCAGGAAAAGAUGAUUCCAACCUUUCUGCGGCACAUUCCUUCGAACCAGAUCCCUCAAACCUUGCUGAGGCACAUCCUUCUAAAUCAAAUCUCCCAAACCUUACUGAGAAACCACCUUCUGGGAAAGAUAAAUUAAGCCUUGCAGAGGCACAUCUUUCUAAACCAGAUCCAUCAAGAAUCAAUGAGACUCAUCCUUCUGAAUCAGAUCCUUCAAGACUUACUGAGGCAGAUCCUGCUGAACCAGAUCAUCCAAGACUUAUUGAAGGAAAUCUUCCUAAACCAGAUCCUUCAAACCCUACUGAGGACAAUCUUUCUGAACUGGAUUCUUCCAACCUUACUGAGGCACAUUCCUUCGAACCAGAUCCAUCAAACAUCGUUGAAGCACAUCCUUCUAAAACAAAUCUUCCAAACCUCACUGAGAUACAACCUUCUGGGAAAGAACAUUCAAGCCUUGAAGAGGCACAUCUUUCUAAACCAGAUCUUUCAAGUCUUACUGAGACUUAUCUUUUUGAAUCAGAUCUUUCAAGUGUCCCUGAGACACAUCCUUCUAGGAAAGAUCUUUCAAGAAUUACUGAGACACAUCCCUCUGAACCAGAUCCUCUAAGACUUACUGAGGUACAUCUUUCAAAACCAGAUCCUUCAAACCUUACUGAGGCCAAUCCUUCUGAACUAAAUUCUCCAAACCUCACUAAGGCACAUUCAUCUGGGAAAGACAAUUCAAACAUUACUGAGACCCUUUCUAAACCAGAUCCUACAAACCUGACUGAGGCAAAAUCUUCUGAGAAAGAUUAUUUAAACCUUACAGGGGGACACAGUUUUGAGCCACAUCCUUUUGAAAAAGAUCAGUCAAACCAUACCGAGAUACAUCCUUCUGAGAAUGAUCCUUUCAACCCUACUGGGAAACAUCCAUCUGAACCAGAUCCUUCAAACCUUCAUCUGUCACAUUCUUCUGAGCACAGCAUUUUUGAUCUGCUUGACGAACCAUCUCAGAGGUCUUUAACUGAACAAAAUGAUAAUCAAACAGGUAAAGAGAAAAACUCAGCAGGUGAAGAGUCAGAAUUACAGAACAGCAUGGCUACAGGCAUCUAUGCAGACGAUCCCGGAGUUCAUCUCAAACAUCCUCCUGACAACAUCUUGAUAAAUGAGCCAUUUAAUGAUAAUAUUUUUGGAGAAGAGACCAGUUCCGCCCUACUCAGUAAUGUGCCCAAUCAAAUAAAUGCAGAAAACUCUCAUCUAAAACCAAAUAUACAAUCUAUUGAUCAAGAUGAAAUAAAACCUAACAGCCAGGAGCUUCUGGGUCUCUCCAACAGUUCGGAUUUGUUUGAUACCCCCACUCUUCUUCCAUCUUCUCUAACUGACACAACUGUACCUGGAGCUGCUUCAAUGAAAGCAUUGAGUCUGUUUGACUCUCAGGUUGUGAGGGAUCCACCUGCUGUCAAUGACUCAGCUCCUUUCAAGCAAGACGACAGUUUAGAUCCCUUCCAGUCCUUGAACCCAAUGACUGAUCAAAGUGCUGGUUUUGACUUAUUUACCCAGAAUGACCUGUUCUCUCUGCCCAUAGUUAACGCCCACAAUCAACCCGAAGCUUCCACCAGUCUUUUUCCCGACGACAUCUUUGGAGUUUCAGACAGCUCAAGAAGUGUAGACGCAUUUCCACUUUUACUGAGCACUCCAGCUCCUGAGAACUCACAGGGGGAAUUGCUCGGGUCUGUUGCAGCUUCUCCUGCGGCUCCCUCAGUGCCGAUGGAUCUGUUUGGUGAUGGCAUGUUUACUGCAGAUAUACCACCGCUGUCUGUGGCAGAGCCAAGUGCUGUGAAUGUAGACACUCUGAUGAUGUCUGAAAACAGUACUGCUGGGCAACAAUCAGAGAGCAGCUGGAUGGAUGAUUUACUGGGAUAAGUGUGUUUAUAUGUGAUGCUUUUAUUUUAUUUUUUUUAAAUCUGUUCUUUUAUAAGAAAAAGAAUGCACAAUAAUCUACCACACUAUUCGUAUGAUCAGCAAAAAGGUUUUAGUUGCAAGACUAAAGUGAUUAAAUAUUCAUGAUUAAAAGUGUGGAUUUUCUUAAAUGUAUUUACCAAUGUGAAAUAAAAUUUGAAGGAGUAAAAA